AUGGAUGCUCGUGGAACUAUUGACCUACCCAAGAAUCCAGUUUUCAAAUCAAUGCCAGCAUGGAAACGAACAAUACCAUCGUCGUUCAUUAUGUAUUUGCUAUCUGUGUUCCUAGUAGCGGCAACCUUGCUACCCUACUCUUUCUGCUUUCUUGGAAUAGGUAGAAGACAAUCGGUAGCAGCACGAGGUCGUCUUCAAUGCAACGGAGUCCCAGCAUCAAAUGUGAAGGUGAAACUCUACGAAAAGGAGCUACUUUUCGAUAAAAAACUAGACGAAGGAAAAACGGAUUCAUCUGGAUCUUUUUAUUUAUCUGGAAGCAAAACAGAAAUCACUAACAUCGACCCUAAAGUGAAUAUUUACCACAAAUGUGAAUACAUAGGGCCUUGCUACAAAAAGAUUUCAAUCACCAUUCCGGAUAGUUUCAUAACUCGCGGCAAUUAUCCACAAUCCACCUUCGAUAUCGGCACAAUCAAUCUUGCCGGUAAAUUCAAGGGACAAUCAAUAGACUGCAUAAAUUGA